UUUCUUGAAGGGUUGAUGCACUAUUAAAAAGUGCAAGGGGAGCCUCUGGUCACACCCCCCCCAAUGCCCAUUUGCAAAUGCUGGCCUUGGUAAUCAGAAGGCGCCCCCACCCCUAAAGCACAUUUCAUACCGGGGAGCAAAGCCCUGUUGGACUCCCUGGCACAAGUAGGGGUAGGACUGAGGCCGCAGGGCUUGCAAGGAGGGAGGGGGCCUCACCUGCAGCCUUUCAGCCCAGGCUCCAAUCAGCAGGACCUUGAAGGAAGGAAGGGAGUGAGCCGGCCAGCCAGCCUGCCUCCCUCCUGCAUAAAAGGGGCUCAGCUCCAGGCCCCUCUUUUAAGGAGGGAGGGGUGGAAGAUUUGGGGACUGCUGAACAUGGCGGCGGCACCAGCCAGGAAUGCCCCGGCUGCCUGGCAAAGUAGCCUCUCUGCCAACUCCAGGCCCCGCCACCCGCCCACCCUGACCAUGGUGAUCGAGGCCAUGAAGGUCCUCAACGAGAGGAAGGGGGUCUCGGCUGUCGCCAUCAAGCACUACAUCCUGAACAGAUACCCGGAGGUCGACCCGAUACGGCUGAAGUAUUACCUGAGGGUGGCCUUUGCCAAAGGGAUGGAAAAGGGCUACCUCGUCCGGCCGCUCAACUCUUCUGCGCGGGGGGUCACGGGGAGGUUCAAGUUAGGCGCACAAAAGCCAAAGUCCCGGAAGGGCGAAAAAAAGGAGGCGGCAGCGGCGGCGGCGGCAGAAGAGCUGCCACCUUUGGACGGGAAAACCGCAUCUAAACCGACGAAAGCAGCAAGGAAGCCUAAAGCCAAGGCAGCAGCUGAGAAACUAGGACGCAGAGGCAAGAAGGAAGGGCCAGCUUCUGCAAGAGCCGAGGGGGAGGAAAAGAAGUCUGCAAGCAAGCAGUCCAAGGCAAACGCUGGCGAAGGCCCAGGUAAAGCUCCACGGAAGGAGCGAAAGGGAAAAGCCUCCGAGGGGAAAGAAGCUCUGAAGAAACCAAGCGCUCCCAAAGCGCCACAGGAAAACCCGCCCAGUGCCCCCAAGAAGGCGGCCCCCAAGGAAGGCAAGAUGGGGGCCAGAGCCAAGGCUCCCACCAAGGCAGAGGCCAGUGACAGAACCAAGCUACCGCCACCUCUGCCGGCCGAGAAAGACAAAGCGGCAAAGGAGACCAAGACUGGAGAGGGGGUGGGCAAAGCCAAGGCUGGGGGGCAGGUGCCAAAGCCCUCCAAAGCCAAGGGGAAGAAGGGGGCAGCCGGCGGGCCCAAGCAACUCCCUGAGGAUGCCUGAGUGGGCCAUGCAACGGGGGCAGCUGCUGCUGCAAAGGGCAACCAGUUGCCAUGGGCACCCCUGUCUCCCCCCCCCCCGCUGGCCGGCAGAUUCAGAAGCGAGGGAGGGGUGGAUGUCCAAAAUGUCUCCCUCUAGCCACCUGCUCUUUUGUCAAGGGAGAUGCGGGAAAAACACAUAUUUACUGUACCAUAUCCCUGAUCUCUGGCACCAAGACCAAUUUAUAGCACUCUUUUUGUAAAAACAAACAAACGCUGUUUUUAAAUAUCUUGUAUUUUUCAAUAAACUUAAUGUUCAGCAAGCCAUUAA